AUGGCAUCCGUCAGAGACGUUCUCGUGUUCCACAAACAAGAGCGCCGUCUGUUCGACAUGCUCGCAACCCGAGCACCGGCGUUCGCACAGAAGAUCCUAGCUUUGUGGUUAUGGCUUGAGCUACUUGGUAUCAACGUCGUGGCGUUUGUCUGCGGCUGCAGAAAUCGCGACGUCGUAGGUCGCUUGAUCGAUGAAGCGCUGCAAAUUCUUGGCCAACUCCGCCAGAAUGCUCCUCUGCUGACUGACGACGGUGUCAAAAUUCCUCUUACCGCUGCACUCGCCGUCGAGCCAUUUAAUCUUCGCUUCUUCCACUACCACAGAGACCGCGCGGUCAGGGGCAUCGCCCACGUCCUGGACGGAGUUGGCAAACUGAUAUUCGACGACAACUUGCAUGCAUUGCUUGGUGCAUACGAGACGGGCGCCCUUCCCGAGUUGCCGGAAGAGUUGGCCAGGCCAUAUGAUCACCUCCCGGCCGUGCCCGCUCCUGCCGAUGCCCGGUCUUUGUUCGUCACCUUUUCCCCAGCGUUUCCUCUAAGCCUUGAAGAUAUCGUCGCCUACUUCACUGGGUAG